UACUACCCCUCCUCUUUACACACAGUGCGUUUACAGCUUCGUUACACAGAACUUUAUUUGCUUUCCAAAUGGUGGACAGAAUGCUGUAAAAGGAAUCGUUACAAUUUUAAACAGAAACAUUAUGGAACCUCCUUUUAAAAAGGCAAAGCUUGGAGUCUCUCCAGACAUCAAGGUGCUGAUUCGUCUGGGCGAUGCAUUCACCCGCACAGAUGGAAAUACUAUUUGCCCUGUAAUUAAAGCAGAAAACUCCAUUCGGGUUCUGUGCAAAUUGCGAAACAAAUUAUUCAAAGACAUCCUACGGGAAGCAUCAGAAGGUAUUGGCCUGAGACGGAUUACCCUUCACAUGAGAUCCCAAAGAUGUCACAGUGUCACAAACAGCAAUAUUUUUAUUGAGUGUGAAGUCUCACAGAAUGUCACUGAUGAUAAACUGAAGCGAUUCACGGAGCUACUGACUGAUGUGGUUAGGAAGAAGUCAGAAGUAAAGCACAUUUUGAUUGAUAAGGUGGAAGACUAUGAAAUUAUACCGCAACCUAUAAUCUCAGAAACAGACUUUGAGUUAUACAAGCUUGAGUUGUGCUAUAAAGUUCUUUGCGAUAUCCCAGAAGACAGAGAACAAGAUGCAUUAAACAUUACUAAGGAAGAUAUCAGCAAUACUAUAGAAGAUCUAAAAGACCAUUACACAAAAAUUGCCGUCUUAUCACAGAAUGGGAAAGGUAAAAGCUUCUUUCUGAAUUUGCUCCUUCUGAUGACAAGUGACAAUGAAGAAGAAUACAAAGAAAACAACAAGAACCUCAAACAACCACAGGAUAUUUGUGGAAAUCCAAAAAUGAAAGAAAUAAUGGAAGCAAAAGAAGACUUUCUAAAUCUCCCAGAUGUGGUUAGAGAAUUCAUCAGAAGUCACCCGAAUGACACAGAUGAUGUCAAAACAGUAUUGAAAACAGUUUACCAGGAGCUACGCCUUGUUAACACUGAAGAUGUGGAGAAUUCAAAUACAUCAUUCUCAUCAAUACCUCGAUAUUUCACACAAGGGAGCAGAAUCAAAAUCGAACCUUAUCUUCUAGCCCAGAAAAGUCUACAUAAGAGCUAUGAAUCCACCACAAAAUGUAUUAUACAUUUAAGGUAUGGAACAGUCUACCAGUUAAAAGUGGAGUAUUUUGAAGCUGAAGAACUGCAAACACAGCUAUUUGAAUUGGUAUCAUUAAUCAGAAAAGAUGCUGUUACACGUGGCAUAAACAAAGCCGUCAAAGAUAAGUCUUGUGAGUGCUUAAAGACCAGAUUUGCUCUUCUAACAAACUAUGGUGUCUCUAACAUCAAUGAGAAUUUUCUUCACAAUUUUAAAAAGUAUGAGGAUAUUGCUCUCUCUGAAGAUGUUAAAAGGUUUGCGGGGAAAACAGAGCUUUACGUUGGAAGUGGAAAAAAUUCAGUAUCAGACCGUCUCGCCUUGAAGGCUAAUCUGAAACGACUAACAAGUCCACAGGAUGCUGACAACUGUGAAAACUUGAACUGGAAACACAGAGUGGCAGCAGUUAAAGAAAUUGUUGUGUACAUACCUAGUAAAAUACUCUAUGGCGGGAAGGAAAUAUUGGAGAUGCCAGGAACGGAUGACUCAGACCCUCUGGCAAUGGAUUUCAUACAAAAGGCUUUGGAUUCAGUUGAUUCUAUAUUUGUCAUGAGUGAAUUUGCUUUUAAAAUCGCAGAAAGAGAAGUUAAAGAAAUACUGCUAAACAGUGAAUUCAUAAAGGCAUGGAAGAAAAGCCCUGAGUUUUAUUCACUGAUGUUCCUUGCAUAUCCAGAAAAGGAUGCAAACUUUCAAUUUGGGGAAAAUAAUAUAGACAAAAUUAAAAAUCUUCUUAAGCAUGAGGAAUCAAAACGGUCCUUAGAAACAGAAGAACUCUGUAAACUACUGGAUCUGGAUACAUUAUCUACAGCCAUGGACAAGUCAAUUUUUACGUCAUAUGUAUUACCGGUUCUACAUACCUCAAUCCUCAUGCAAGAGGGACCACCGCACAGGGUAAUUAGUAAAUAUAUGGACUUUGUAGACAUUACAGGAAUUAACAGUUUCCUAAUCCAUCUUGACAAAUUUGUUGCGUUUAAACAAAGUGAAUCCAUUGUGAAGGUCAAAGAGUACCUGAAUAAACUGAAUUUAAAGGUAGCGACAGGGCCAAGAUCAGAAGAAGCAAUGUCAGUGUUAACGUUAUUAAAGAACAAGGAGUUGAAAAGCACGCUAGAUGGAGCAUUUUGCUCAGAAUAUGACUCCCUGCUGGUUACUCUUUGCAAGGAUUUAAAAGCACUAUAUUCGAAAGCACUUUAUGGCAAAGUGGAAAAUAUAUUGGCAUCUUCAGUUCAAAACGCCAAGCAACUAUGGGAAGAAAACGAAGAUCAUAUAACUGCAAGAGGGAUUUUCAAUCCGUACUAUUGUGGCAACAAUCCUAUAUAUCAGGUGCGGAUGUCCAAUAUUCUCUUUCACAAUUCCGAAAACCAUAAGAGUGAGAUCUUUGGAUUUCUUCAAGUUGAAAUAAGGAGAUUACUUUCAAAGUUUCGAAAACAUGUUUUUGAACUGUUCACUGAACAAAUGAAUGAUCUGUAUUCCUCAAAUGGACUUGGAAAUGUCGACUGGUCGGGUUUUGUUAAACAGAUCAUAAAAGAUCCACUGACUGAGGCUUUGAACUGGUAUAUCGGCAAACAUAGGAUGCCCAUCAAUAAACGCACAGUUAGUAAAUAUUUUGAAGAAAGUAAAAAAUUAAGUUUGAAGAAGAACUUGCUAAUACCUGCCUAUAACACUGAGGACUUGGAUGAAGCAAAGUCAAAGGCAAAACAAAACAUUCAGCGGGCCGUGAUGAAUGUAAAAGAAGAUUUCAUUAACAGUAUGUUGCUGCUUCAUGAGAUUAGAUGGAAAAGCUUUAUGAGUCAUUUGAAAACAAAGAAUGGUGUCCCAAAGCUUUGGCAAAUCUUACUUGGACGACUUAAACAAAUAGCCCACAAAAAGCAAGCUCCUGCAGAGUCUGAGAUAUUAUGUGAACUCUUAAAACUGAUUUCCACUAAUGUGAACUGAUUAUUAAUUGUGGUGUAAAGGAUUUUAAUAAAAAAAAUACAGACCUGGAGCAGAACACAGAAGGAAAACAAAUGAUAUGGGAGAUAUGUGAACUUUUUUAAUGUGCCAUAUGCUGUCUUUCACAAUGAAGAAACAUUGUCUUUUAAUAAUUAAAUAGAAAAAAAUUCAAAUUAUUUUGUCAUGCCAUAUUA